CAGGCGGGCGGCUGCCAGGAGCUCAGCCCUGCUCGCUCGCGGGCGCCUCCGCUCUCAGAAGCUCCCGAUCCAGACGCACGCGAGGCGCUGUCCUUUCAGCACCGCGAGCCGGCCGCGGAGGGAGGACUCUUGGCCGUCCUCCUCCUCUUCGAAUUGGCUUGAAUCGGCUUCGAUUCCCAAGAGCGCGGCGCAGUCGGGAAGACAGGCUCGAGGAUGGUGAAGCUGAACGGCAACCCCGGCGAGAAGGGAGCCAAGCCGCCUUCGGUGGAGGAUGGCUUCCAGACGGUCCCCCUCAUCACCCCCCUGGAGGUGAACCACUUGCAGCUGCCUGCCCCAGAAAAGGUGAUCGUGAAGACGAGGACGGAGUACCAGCCCGAACAGAAGAACAAAGGGAAGUUCCGGGUGCCGAAAAUCGCCGAGUUUACGGUCACCAUCCUCGUCAGCCUGGCCCUCGCGUUCCUUGCCUGCAUCGUGUUCCUGGUGGUUUACAAAGCCUUCACCUACGACCACAGCUGCCCAGAGGGCUUCGUCUAUAAGCACAAGCGCUGCAUCCCGGCCUCCCUGGAUGCCUACUACUCGUCCCAGGACCCCAGCUCCAGAAGCCGCUUCUACACCGUCAUCAGCCACUACAGCGUGGCCAAGCAGAGCACCGCCCGGGCCAUCGGGCCGUGGCUGUCGGCGGCCGCCGUCAUCCACGAGCCCAAGCCACCCAAGACCCAGGGCCACUAGAAGCCCGCACAGCCAGAAGGGGGGGUGGAGGGGGGGCCCCCAUUGGCUAGGCCAAGCUCCAGUUACAAGACCACGCUGUACUCCUGGGAUGGGGGUGGGAUGGGGGGACCGGGGUGGGGCGGGGGGGCGGGGCCCAGCCGGAGCUGUCGAGCGCUGGAGUGGUCCGAAUCGGUAUUUCUUUCCGUCGUUGGUAUCGUUGGUUCGUCCCCGAGUCAGGCUCUCCUUGUACAAAGGCAUGUUUCGUGUUGACCGUCUCCAUGUAAGAUAUUUUCAAAGCCCCUGCUCAUGAUUUGUUAGGAAAAAUGAAAAAAAAAAACUGAACAGGAAAGAAGCAGAGAACAGGAAUGGGGGGAAAAAAAGGGAUUAAACUGGCUGCAGGUGGAUGACACUGAAGGCAGGAAAGACCCCCACCCCCACCCCAGGCUGCUCAGACCAGAGAACGUAGCUCCCGUGUAGGCUCCCGAAGGCACACGGGGCCUGCGGCGACGCAGGUGGGGCGUCCGGUGGCCGCCGGUCUGUGGGGCAGGGACUGGGGAGGCAGGGAAGGCGGAGUGGGAGGGAGGGGCUGGUGUGGACCUCAGUGAGCCCGGGGAAGCUGGCGAGUCAGAGCGCACGGCCCCCAGCAGGGCGGCGCUGGCGAGAUGAGCACAAACUUGUACAAAAGGGCUUUGGAGCUCGCCGGCUGGGCGUGAGCGCGGGGUCAGCGGGCACCAGGGGGCGGGCAGACACGGCCUGGUUCUCGUGUUUCUAGAUCUACACCCGGGCACGGCCCGUGUUUAUGAGAUGGGGGCGGGGAGGGAAGGGGGCGAGGCUGCAGGAAGAAGGCAGGACGGGACAGGAGUGUGACGUUUGUCCACGGCGUAAGCACAGACAGGUACCUGAUUUUUGAAUGUCGGUUCGGUGGUUUGUUUCCCAAACAAUUGAGGUCAUAGCCAGGUGGCAGCCAGGGGGACUUGACGGUGGGAGCUGCCACCGGGCAGGUCAUUUCUAAAGGAGGCGGAGAAACACGCCUGUCUUUAGCCCGCUCCGCGGUGUUGACGGGGGGCAUCCCUCCAGUCUCCCGCAUCUGUUUCCAGAAGCUCUUGAUGAGGAGGCAGCAUCAGGCCAGGCCAGGCCUCCCACCACCCUGAACCCUCUCAGCCCACUCAGGGCGCUCUCCCACUAACAUCUUGGGGAGGCCCACUCUGGGGGGAUGGGGUGGGGGUGUCGGCUCCAGGGCGACACGGCCGGACCCAGCCGGAGAGUUGGUGAUUUGAGAAGUGGUACCGGUUGCCCCCGAAGCUCCGACAGGCCGUUGAAAGGGUGUUUUUGCGUCUUGCCGUGUCGCUGGGAUCCCGGUCCCCAGCAGCCGAGUCACCAGAGGAGCAGGGGCGCCAGCUGUCCUGCCAAACGCCACUGUCCGACUCUUCCUCCCCCCUCCCCACCCCUCCGCCCCGCCACCUCAAGUCACCUGUAAAUUCGUCUGUCACCUAAAGCCAAGGAACAAAUUGUCCCUAGCCACACGCUGAGCGCUUCAUAAUUUCGUGGUGUAUUUUGUCAGUAGGCAGCAGAGGCUGAAGUAUUUUCGGUGUACUCCUUGAACUUCUCUGACGGAAAACAAAUAAAGAUCGAUGUGUCCGAGCGCCA